GAGAGCGGAGAGAGACAGAGAGACGGAAAGAGACAGAGAGAGACAGAGAGACAGAGAGAGAGAGCGGAGAGCGGAGAGCGGAGAUCAGACCAUGGCUGGGACAUACAUCUGAGAGGCAGGCAUCCGAGACUCCUCGCUGGAUACGAUGGGCGAUCCCUUAGGGAGACGCUGGUAAUCCAGCCCCGGUUCUCUGGAGGGUAACUGUGACCCCGGGCCAUGAGGCUGGUGCUGCUGGCUCUCAGGCUCCUGUGCCUGGCCUGCCUGUGGCCGGUCACCCUGCUCAACAACCGCUACCCCAGCCGCAGACGCAACAAGGAGGUGGUGCACCUGGAGAGGCAGAGCAAGAUCAAAUAUGAAGGCCGAAUAGACCACAGGAUCAAGAAGCAGGACAGCACCAAGACUCUGAUGAUUAAAACGGAGCAACUCCUGAGAAUAGAGGACCAUGACUUUGCCAUGCGGCCCGGCAUCGGAGGAGCAGCCAUUCCUGUUGGCAUAGAUGUCCAAGUGGAGAGUAUAGACAGCAUCUCUGAGGUCAACAUGGACUUCACCAUGACCCUGUACCUGAGACACUACUGGCAGGAUGAGAGGCUGUCCUUCCCCUCCGGGAAUAACAUGAGUCGCACGUUUGACGCACGGCUGGUCAAGAAGAUCUGGGUGCCGGACGUGUUCUUCGUCCACUCCAAGCGCUCCUUCAUUCACGACACCACCAUGGAGAACAUCAUGCUGAGAGUUUGGCCUGACGGGAACAUCCUCUACAGCGUGAGGAUUACGGUGACGGCUCAGUGCCCCAUGGACUUCAGCAGCUUCCCUUUAGACACACAGAGCUGCUCUCUGGAGCUGGAGAGCUAUGCCUACAAUGAGAAGGACCUCAUGCUGUACUGGAAGAAUGGCAAUGACUCCCUGAGGACAGACGAGAUUGUGCUCGCGCAGUUUUUCAUCGAGGAGUUUCACCCUGCUAGCGGCCUGGCCUACUACAGCAGCACAGGCUGCUAUAACCGGCUGUUCAUAAACUUCAUUUUGAGGAGGCACUUUUUCUUCUUCAUGCUGCAGACAUAUUUUCCCACAAUGCUCAUGGUGCUGCUUUCAUGGGUGUCGUUCUGGAUCGACAGGAGAGCCGUGCCGGCCCGGGUAUCACUUGGAAUUACUACAGUGUUGACCAUGUCCACCAUCAUCACGGGCGUGUCGGCCUCCAUGCCUCAGGUGUCCUAUGUCAAAGCGGUGGACAUCUACCUGUGGGCUAGUUUCCUGUUUGUGUUCCUGUCCGUCAUCGAGUACGCAGCCGUCAACUACCUGACGACCUUAAAUGAGAUGAAACGACGCAAGGAGGGAAAGCCACCAUCCUUUGAUGCCACCCAAACCAUGGCUUUCGAUGGCUACUACCACGAGGCCGACAUCGAGCUCACUGACUUCUCAUCGAUGCCCACCAUGGCUGUGGACCCUCCGAACUUCCCCUCAGACCCGGCCGCAGACCCUGCCCCCAUGGUGGGAACACGCCUGUGGAAGAGACGCCCAGUCCGGGACUACAUUGACUUGGUCAUUAGCAACAGCUACAUGAUAGACUCGUACUCCAGGAUAGGCUUCCCUCUUGCCUACCUGCUGUUCAACAUCAUUUACUGGAGUGUCUAUUCAUGAACACAAGUGUCUGCAGGAAUCCCAUUUUCCGAGAGGAUGGGUUGAAGAGGAGCACAGACACACACACACACACACACAC